AUGGAAUCAAAACCUGCAGUAUACACCGACGGGAGUCAUUGCACACUGAACGAAAUACGAGUUCUCGAGAUAUUACCAUUCGAAGAAUUCUCCGAGACCAUUAAUACUAUCUGCCGUAUUAUCUCCCUGGCAUCUGGUACUUCUACUGAGACCUAUGUUGCAUUGUCAUACACAUGGGGAAAACCGAACGAUACUUCCUACAUCUGCAUCAAUGGUCACAAACACAAAGUCACUCCCAAUCUGGAAUCGGCUUUGAGACAUCUGAGAGGCCACAAAGCUAAAGUUGUUAUUUGGGUGGAUGCUGUUUGUGUCAAUCAGAAUGACAUUCCCGAGAGAGAUACACAAUUGAAAAUGAUGGCGGACAUUUACAGGAAAGCCGAAAAAGGGCUUUCAUGGUUGGGGGAGGAGUCUGACGAUAGCUCGCUGGCGUUCAGAAUGAUCCAAAGAUGGGCCUCGCUGGGUAUUCCACAUGGGAUGUCACGAGGAGAACUAUCCGCAUUUUUCAAAAACACACUACAAGAUGAGAUAUUCAUGCCAAGAUCUGUUACCGCUCUCAAGAAAAUGCUGCAAAGACCAUAUUGGAAGCGAGUCUGGAUACUACAAGAAGUUACCCUGCCUCCCAUAGUAACGAUGCAAUGUGGGCAUGAACUUCUACCAUUCAGUGUAGUGGGGGUUUUCGCUUACAUAAUGCAAGAUAUUCAAAAGGAAUACCAUAGCGGUUUUUGGAGCAGCUUUGUCCAUGACCUGAUACCUACAGAUACGGAUACUAUAUCAUUAAUUCAAUGGACCUUUUACCGAAUGCUAAAAUCGGUUGACUACGAGAAAGACGAAGCUCCACACUUACUGCAUCAUCUGUACGCAUCUAUAUCUCUCGAAAGCACUGAUCCGAGGGAUCAAAUAUUUGCACUUCUUGGACUUCCUGGUUUCGAAAAAUAUCGAUCGCUGGUUCGCCCAAGCUAUAUCAAGUCAACUUCAGAAGUGUUUUCUGAAGCUGCCCGUAUCAUGAUUGAGGAGGAGAACAAUCUGGAUGCCAUAGUUUUUGCUCGCAGCUUACGCUUAUGCUGCUCGAACCUUCCACUGCCAUCCUGGGUGCCUGACUGGACAGCUAGGGGCACCAUUCUCGCCCCUCUCGUACAUUUCAGGGGGAAAAGUCAUGACCCUGUAGCUAAGUUAUCUGAUUACGUCAAUUUUUCAGCGGAUGGCCAAAUACUAUCAGUCACUGGUCUUUUACACGAUGAAGUGUCUGUUUUGAAGGGUCGUUAUUCCACUGCACCAAUGAAGAGUCACGGCGAGUGGGAACAGUUAUCUGAUCUUAAAGAUAAUUCGUUACCAAAUGGCCUCACGGUCUCACAGGCUGUGUUUCUUUAA